AUGAGUGACCAUAUUGUUCAAAUGCCUGUAGCAUUUGAAAAGAAUACUAUAAUAGUUGUCUUUGGUGCUUCUGGUGAUUUAGCCAAGAAGAAGACCUUCCCUGCUUUAUUUGGUCUUUUCCGUCAAGGUUAUCUCGACCCUUCAACUAAGAUUAUAGGUUAUGCUAGAUCUGACUUAUCCUUAGAAGAUUUACAUUCUCGGAUCAAUCCUCAUUUGGGGAAACCUAACGGUUCAGCAGAUGAUGCUAAAGUCGCUCAAUUUUUUAAGAUGGUCUCUUAUGUUCAUGGUCCUUAUGACGCCCCUGAAGGCGUUGCUAAGUUGAAGUCACAUAUUGAAGAUUUAGAGUCUCAGAUGGGUGUGCAAAAGAGUCAUCGUCUCCUCUAUUUAGCUUUACCACCAAGUGUGUUCUUAUCUGUGGCUACUAACAUUAAAAAAGUGUUAUAUGACCCACAAGGUAUUACACGUGUAGUGGUUGAAAAACCUUUCGGUCAUGAUUUAAAGAGUGCUCGUGCUUUACAAAAUGAUUUGGCACCUUUAUUCCGUGAAGAAGAAUUGUUUAGAAUUGAUCAUUAUUUAGGGAAAGAAUUGGUGAAAAAUCUUUUAGUAUUAAGAUUUGGUAAUCAAUUUUUGAAUGCAUCUUGGAAUAAAGAUAAUUUACAAUCUAUUCAAAUUUCAUUCAAAGAACCAUUUGGUACAGAAGGUCGUGGUGGUUAUUUCGAUUCAAUUGGUAUCAUUAGAGAUGUUAUGCAAAACCAUUUGUUACAAAUCUUAACUUUACUAACAAUGGAAAGACCUGCCUCAUUCGAUCCUGAAUCAAUUCGUGAUGAGAAAGUUAAAGUUUUGAAAUCAAUGGCUCCAAUCGAUCAUAACGAUAUCUUAGUUGGUCAAUACACAAAGUCAGAGGAUGGUUCUAAACCUGCAUAUUUGGAUGAUGAAACUGUCACACCAGAUUCAAAAUGUAUGACUUUUGCUGCUUUAAGUUUCAAGAUUCAAAAUGAGAGAUGGGAAGGUGUACCAAUCAUGAUGCGUGCUGGUAAAGCUUUAAAUGAAGGUAAAGUAGAAAUUAGAUUACAAUACAAAGCUGUCGCCUCAGGUGUCUUUAAUAAUAUCCCAAAUAAUGAAUUGGUCAUAAGAGUUCAACCAGAUCCGGCUGUCUACAUGAAGUUUAACGCUAAGACCCCAGGUUUAUCUAACGCUACUCAAGUUACUGAUUUGGAUUUAACUUACUCUAGUAGAUACAAGGAUUUCUGGAUUCCAGAAGCUUAUGAAGUCUUAAUUAGAGAUGUUCUAUUGGGAAACCACUCAAACUUCGUUAGAGAUGACGAAUUGGAUGUUAGUUGGAAAUUGUUUACUCCACUAUUGGAAUAUUUAGAAGGUCCAGACGGUCCAACUCCAGAGUUGUAUCCAUAUGGUGCAAGAGGUCCAGAUGGUUUAAUCGAUUAUUUGACCAAACAUAACUAUGUCUUACAUAGUAUGGGUAAUAGUUAUACUUGGCCAAUCACUAAACCAGAAGAUGAAAAAAACUAA